AGAUAGCACAUGUAUAAUGUGUCCCCAGUGCCAGAAGGAGAUCUUUGAUUUGCUAUUUUUGUGCGUUUACAUUUUGCCGUCCCUUUCGCUAUUAUUGAUGUAGUAGAAUUAAUUAAUCGUUGUUUGGCAAUGUUUGUGCUUAUUAUUUUUGAAUUGGUUAGCCUGAUUGUCAGCACGAAACGGAACCACUGUCUGGCAUGUUGCGCACUUAUCCAUACGAAUGACUAUCCACACAGGACCACACUUCACAGCAAUACACCGUCUACUCUGCAAUACUUGGUCAUCUGUGUGCUGUGGACGGCCGCGGUUUCUCAACAAGCUUUUGCUGCUAGUCAGCUAGUGCUAACCAAAUAUUUAAAAUCAUUUGUUUGAAUUUGCAGUGGCGACGUUGACUUGAAGUGGUGAAUUGACCGACCCAUUUGGAUAUUUAUUUCUUGCAUUCACCACUACGGUUCACAAUUGUUAUCUUUACUGGCUUUGUUAUUUUUGUGGAAGCAACCUGCAGGAAGCCUUGUCGAAUAUGAUAAUAUCUUAUGGUGCACGAUUAUUGAGGUGUUCCUCUUGCGGAUGCUUGUCCGCUUUCAGUUCCAUUUCGUAUAGCUGUAACUCUUACACUUUUCUGGCCUAUAGAUCCUCAUUUUAAAAUUAGAAAGAUAUCACAAAUCAGUAGCAUGUUUGAUGCGGGCGCUGUUUGGUAAUAUACUGCCGCGCCAGCUGUAGUUUCGUGCGAACAGCGACUUUUUAUCGCGGUGAGGUUGCAUCACACUUGUACAGCUGGCAGCCUGAUACGGCGUGUGAUACGGAUACGGAAUCCAGAUCCCCUUCCGGUGUUCUUUCGUGGAUCUCUAUUUUAUGAAAAUCCAUGCGUCGAAGAAGGAUUGUACAGUGGCUUCGAUACAUCGCAGGCGCUGCGUGCUGCACAUACUUUGUUUUCUUAACAGCAAGAUAUAUUCAGACGAAUAGAUCGCAGGAUGAUAACUCCAAUGAAAUUCACAUUUUCCCGGAUGCUUCGGUCGAUAUUAACGCUGAUCAUGUUUCAACGGAUCUGGGCAAAAAGAUUGAUUGGCAUAAUUAUCAAUUUAUGAGCGAUGAAAGCCGGAGACGAGGCCCUGGUGAGCAAGGCAGCUCUGUUAUGACUUCCGGGGAUGAAGCCAGCAAGAAAGACCAGCUGUACAAGGAGAAUGGCUUUAAUGCGCUAGCAAGUGACAAAAUAGCGUUGGAUAGAUCUGUCAAAGAUAUACGACAUACAGGGUGCAAAACGAAGUUAUACUACGAGCACUUGCCAUCGGUUAGCGUCAUUGUGCCAUUUCAUAAUGAGCACUUUUCAACACUCAUUCGUACUGCCACUUCGGUGCUAAACCGAUCACCGGAACAUUUGAUCAAAGAAAUAAUUUUGGUUGAUGAUUUCAGCUCAAAAGAAGCGCUCAAGGAUAGCCUCGAUGCGUAUCUGCAAGAGCAUCUUCCGAAGGUUCGCGUAGUGCGCGCUCCAAAACGCGAAGGAUUGAUCCGCGCUCGUCUUUUGGGGGCGAAAGCUGCUACCGGCGCGGUGCUGAUUUUUUUGGAUUCACAUUCAGAAGCUAAUACGAAUUGGUUGCCUCCUUUGCUUGAACCGAUUGCUGAGGAUUACCGGACCGCGACUUGCCCGUUCAUCGACAUUAUUGACUAUGAAACGUUUGAAUAUCGCGCCCAGGAUGAAGGCGCACGCGGCGCUUUUGACUGGGAGCUGUAUUAUAAACGCUUACCAUUACUGCCGGAAGAUUUGAAGAAUCCAACGGAGCCUUUCAAGAGUCCCGUAAUGGCUGGAGGCUUAUUUGCGAUUAGUCGAAAAUUUUUCUGGGAGUUGGGAGGGUACGAUGAAGGCCUGGACGUGUGGGGCGGAGAGCAGUACGAAUUAAGUUUUAAGAUAUGGCAGUGCGGAGGCAAACUUGUGGAUACUCCCUGCAGUAGAGUUGGACAUAUCUACAGGAAGUUCGCCCCGUUCUCCAAUCCUGGUGUCGGUGAUUUCGUUGGUCGUAAUUACCGUCGCGUGGCGGAAGUAUGGAUGGACGAGUACGCUGAGUUCGUUUACAAAAAGCGCCCCCAUUACAAGCAUAUCGAUGCAGGAGACCUUUCGAAACAGCGAGCUCUGCGGGAGAAUUUAAAAUGCAAAUCGUUCAAAUGGUUUAUGACAGAGGUUGCUUUCGAUCAAAUGGAACGGUAUCCACCGAUAGAACCACCUGAUUUUGCAUGGGGCGAAAUUCGGAAUGUUGGCGGCAAUUUAUGUAUCGAUACCAGAUUUAAAAGCCAAAAUGACCGUUUCAACCUUGAACCGUGCAUCAAAGAUAAUGCGGAUAAUGGAGGAGAACAGUCUUUCGUAUUAACGUGGCAUAAGGACAUUCGCCCACGAGGACGCGCUGUAUGCUUCGAUGUUUCUUCGAGCGACAACAAAACACCGGUGAUAUUGUACAACUGUCACAAUAUGCAAGGAAACCAACAGUGGAAAUAUAAUUCGGAUACAAAGAGUUUAUUUCAUCCCGUGUCAAGCAAAUGCCUAGACUGUGAUACUGAACGGAAGGAGAUCUUCGUUAAUGAAUGCGACAGAUCGAAAUUAAGCCAGCAAUGGCUGUUCGAAAAUUAUAACGUAACGCUGCUUUUAAAGUUGUGAUUUUGUGCCAUAAUUAAUAUGGAAUAGUAGUUUGUUAUUGUGCUGCAACUUGCAAGUGCUUGUCACAAGUUUAUUGCUGUGAAUGCAUAUGUGCCUUUCCUGCGUAAAUCGUUCGGUAUUGUUCCUGGUUCGUUCUUGUAAUUUUACAAUAUUGUUGUUUUUUGUUUAAUAAUGUUGGUUAUUCGAAUGGAAACUGGAAAGUGGGAAAACGUUAAA